AUGCUUACAGAAAAAAAACAGAAUAUCAAGUUGAAUAUAUUUCAAGAAUUGCACCACCUUAUGCAAUCCUUAUUCUAUUUGGAUUUAUUACUAUCCCUAUACAUACGUUUAUUUUACAUAAUUAACUUGAUUAUCGAAUUAUCCAGUAUGAAUUCUGUAAAACAGAUCACUUUUUAUGCCAAGGAACAUCCGGAACCGAAUACCCUGUUGGGGAAUAUAUUUACUGCCAGUGGAAUAUUAGAUAGUACAGUGAAGAGUAUUCGAUUGGAGGCACUGGAAUCUCAGUGGGCAGGUUGUUUUCGUAUCGAUCGGCGUACAGGGGAUUUAUACACGACGAAUGAAGCAAAACACAUUCUGGAUAGUGAAAAGCUAUGCAUGAAUAAUCAAAAUAAUAAUAAAAGAAUAAUAUCAAGUGGAGUUUAUACCCCGACGAGGAUGAAUAUUCACCAUUACUGUACAGUUAAUUUACUUAUUUCAAUAAAUAAUCGUAUCCUUAUCACGAUUAAUGUACAAAUUGAAGAUAUUAACGAUAAUGCUCCAGUUUUACCAGACUCUAAUUUACAAAGGAUAUUUAUUAAUGAAACAUCUCUACCAGAGGUGACAAGAAUCUCGUUGAAACCAGCUUAUGAUGCAGAUUUCAAUGGAUAUAAUCAAUUGUAUUACUAUCUUAGUAUUAUUAAUGAUAAUAAUAAUGACCUUGAUGAUAGUAUAAAUCCUUUUCGUAUUGAAUACAAGUCACAGUUGAAUGGAUCUAACAUGUCUGACGAUUUAAAUCUAAUUUUAACAAAACCUUUAGAUUAUGAAAGUCAGUCAGAGUAUAAAAUGAACCUGACAGUCUGUGACGGUAAUCUCAAAACAAAGUAUACAAUUGUUCAUUGUUCAUCACAGAUGCUAAUGGUUAGUGUGAAUAAUAUCAACGAUGAAUUGCCAUGGUUUGAAGCGACUAAUUAUACUGCUGUUAUCAAAGAAACUACACUCAUUGGCAGUGAUAUUUUAAAGGUGACUGCUAAGGACAACGACGCUAGUCCAUACAAUGAAAUCUAUUAUCGUAUAUUAUCGCCUAGUUCAGAUAGGUUGUUAAUGUUCAAUUCACAAGAUUUAUUUCAAAUUCAACCGAGAACAGGUGUUAUCAGUUUGGCGAAACCGCUUCCUAAACCAGGGGAGUAUAAGUUUCUUGUACAAGCUGUUGACAAUGCUGACACUGGCGACUAUGACACGUCAGUCAAUAAUAAUAAUAAUAAUAAUAAUAGUUCAACAGGGGAUGCACAUCGUUUAGCCAAAGGUGUAACACACGAAGCGGUCAGUAAUGCCCAUAAUAAUAAUAAUAAUAUUGCCAGCGUUUAUAUUCAAGUAUUGGAUGUGAAUAAUCAUGCGCCUAGAAUUGAAAUUCAACAAACUCAUGAUUCUGUAUUGCACUACUCAAAUCCUCCUCCCACUCAACCACCACCUCUUAAAAGCAUAAAUGGUAAUUAUACAAAAUUUAUACUAUUAAAUAUUUCUGAAAAUGUCUUGAUCAAUACACCGAUAGCUUAUUUCAAAAUUACUGAUGAAGAUCAAUUGAAGAAUGCUGAAACAACCUGUAAACUAAUACGUUCCAAUGAUGGUGAACCGUUUCUUUACACCAGAAAAGAUAACAAUUAUCAAGCGGAUUUAUUCUUCAAAUUAAUACCUGUGAAUCGUAUCAGUGAACAUGUGACAAUACAAAAGUUAGUGUUAGUCAGACAGUUAGACGCUGAAGAUUUACACGAAGAUCUGCUACUGAAAGAAGUUGAACCUCCAGGGAAGUUAGCAAGUAGCAUUGCUGGCUAUCUGGGCAUACUACUGGUGUGCAGUGAUUUUGGUACACCGAAACUAUCCACAUCUAUGCCUAUUAUUAUUGCAGUUGAUGAUGUUAAUGAAUUUUAUCCAAACAUCGAGGUGGUGAAGUCGUCAGCAUAUGCAUCUUUAGUAUUCAAGAGUCAAUUUAAUCAAACCUACAUUUAUGACGUGAAUAUAACAGAAAAUAUCCCGAUCGGAUCACACAUCGUUCAGAUCAUUGCUACCGAUAAAGACAUCAAAGCCGUCAUCGAGUUUGUACAGUCUACCAAGUUGACAACACCGCCAUUUAUUAUUGAUAAAUCUAAGGGUGUUCUAAAGACGAAUGCUGAAAUAGACUAUGAAUACACUACUAAUUACAAACUGGUCAUUCAUGUACAUGAUAUGAAACCACCAGAGUUGUCACUGACAACAACAGUCACACUGAAUAUUUUCAUUGAAGACAUGAAUGACAAUCCGCCGGAGUUUAUCUCUCCGCCGCCGAGUGAAAUUCAAUUCGAUGGUUAUACAGUUGUAGAGCCUAUACGAAAAUAUCAGAACAGCUUAAAAAUUAUCGAGUUUGAAGAAGAAACUAUUCACACUAAACCAUUGGGUAGAGUUCGAGCUGUAGAUCGUGACAGUGGCAGGAAUGCUGAAAUAAUUUAUUUUAUUGCCGAGAUUUCAACUGAUUUGGCAGGUGAUCCGUUGAACAGAGAGAAACUCAUCAGCGGGAUUAAUAAUAAUAAUAAAGCUUCUAGUAAUUUUUCAAGUCUACCAAAAAUACUAAUCGAUGCAGACGGUGCUUUAUGGUGUGAAGGAAAGUUGGAUAGAGAGAAGCUACCGAUUAUUGAUUUAGUGAUUGGUGCUCAUGAUUUAGGCGAACCGAGAUUAACCUCUUACACAAAGGUAAGAAUUAUCUUAAAAGAUAUCAAUGAUAAUCAACCAGAAUGGCAAUUUCCAACUGAGAAAGACUUUUUAGUCGCCGUUUCAAAAUCUGUCCCCAUUGGGACAAUAAUUACGCGUGUUCGAGCCACGGAUAAAGAUGAACAGUCUAAAAAUGGUCUUGUAAAUUAUUAUAUAGCAGAUUUAGUAGCUGGGGACAAUGAGAUCACCUCUAAAUCAGAGUUGUUGACAGGUAAACUCAUUGCACACAUUUUUGAAAUGGAUUUAAAAUCGGGUGAAUUAAGAGUGAAGCAAUCGCUUACUGACCUACCGGAUGGAUUUCUUGAAAUAUUGUUGAAAGCUGAAGACAACGGUAGAACUCCUCAAAAAUCAUUGGCUAAAUUAAUCCUGUAUAUAACAAAUGACGGUGAUCUUUUAAAAAUGAACACUCCGGAAAAAUUACUAGCCUUUUAUCAAAAAGAAAAACAUACAAAGCUACUGAAUGCCCAGCUCCUUACAUUUGGAAAAUUUAAUGAAAUGAUUCCUUCACUGAUGAAUUCAGAUUCUAGUAGUUUGUAUAUACGUCGUACUGUAGGACAACAAGAUAGAGGGAGUGUCAGGCAUUUAUCAAUUGUAAUUGGUGCUUCAAUAAUUGGUGCUAUCACUGUCAUCUGCUUAGUUGCUUUAUUAAUUGGCUUAAAGUUCACUACACGUUUUCGAAAUCGUUCAAAAUUCAUAUCGACUACAAGAAUCAAUAAAAAUGACUACAAUCCAAAGAAGAAGAAGAAGAAGAUUGAGUCUGCUAACAGUUGUAUAAAACACGUAUCUCAUCAUUCGUGCAUAAACUCUGACAUCCCAGGAGAAAUAAUACCUAAUGAUUUGAAUAGUAUUCACAGCUUGAUGAAAUGUAUGCAUAAAAUAGAAAUAAAUGACUCAAAUAACGAAAAAUUAUUUACGCCAUCAUUAACUCAAAACUAUUUCCGAUGUUCUCCAACUUCUAUUCAAACGAGUAUACCAGUGAGUAUGAUAAGAAAUCCUGAUGAUAUUCAUUAUUUGCCAAUCCAUUCAACGCUAGAUUUAACUGAGAAUAUUCCUUUAAGACUUCUGCAUGUAUCCAACGACAAGCUUACUGAAUCUCAAUGUUCCAAUUCCAAUACUAAUCAUAAAAACAAUGAGAACGGUGAUACCAGUGAUAAUAAUACUACUACUAAUAAUAAUAAUAUCGACAGUAGUGCUAACGAAUUAGUGACACCACAUUCCCUUACAAUCAUUGCUUCAGUUGUACCUACAUGUAAUAUAAAAACAGCUUUACUUCCAAUCCUAUCACAAGAUCAUUGUAGUGACCUGAUGACAUCUAGUGGGAUAACUUUGCUGAAUGAAGAAGAUAUUAUCAAGGUGGGAAAUUUAUCACAUUCCACAACAACAGGUUAUACCGAUUUUCCCGCGUGUAUUUUCUCAACAACAACAGCAAUUACUGCUACUACAAAUACCUCAUAAUAUAUAAAUGCAUGUAUACUGAACAUAAUUUAGUCAAAAUACUGUUGAGAAGACAAACCAACCGACCAACGAUCUCGCAUGCUACACUACGCUGUUCAAUCAUUUCCAAAAAUGGUAUCUUUUUCAUGCAUAUUUUUAUUAGGCUUUUAAGAGUAAUAUUGAUGUAUAUGUAGUUAGUGAGAUAUGUAACUUUAUGUGUGUAUGUAUAGAACGAAGUAUGUUGUUUUCAAGUGAUUUAUUUGUGUA